AUGACCGUCACCGCGUCGUCUCCCCCUCUAUGUGCACUGCACGGGUUGCCGGGGCGUCCCGCAAGCGUAUCGCGGCCCACCUUUCGUGGACAGCAGCGCCGGGCUAGUUCCUUGCGCGGGAGCCUGUGCGCGCGGGCGCUGGACACUUCCGUAGUCCCAGCGCUGCUCGAGCAGGCGUCCAAGAGCGCGCCCGGGCUUGCUGCGGGUGCAGCAGCGAACUCCACGGUGUUCCUGCUCGGAGCUCCAGUUUUGCUGGCGGGGCUGACCCCGACUGGAUACGCCCACGCCUGGGUGCUCGGAACCACGAUAUACAGCGCCUUCGGACUCUCUGGCUACCUGCUGGUGUGCGCGUACUUCGUGCUCGGGAGCGCAGCCACCAAGCUGAAGCUGAAGGAAAAGGAGGCCAAGGGAAUCGCUGAGAAGCGGUCGGGGCGGCGCGGCCCCGGGAGCGUGUGGGGGUCGGGCACGGCGGGGGUCGCGUGUGCAGUGGGGAGUCUGUUGUUCCCAGGGUCAAUCGCGUGGCAAGCCGGGUUCGUCGCGAGCUUCUGCAGCAAGCUCUGCGACACAGUGAGUAGCGAGGUGGGCAAGGGAUACGGCAAGAAAGCGUUCCUGGUGACGAACUUCAAGCCCGUGCCUCCGGGAACGGAAGGCGCGGUCAGCGUCGAGGGCACGGCGGCGGGCGUCGCGGCCGCCAUCCUGGUGGCGGGCCUCGGGACCCUGGGCGGGCAAGUCGAUGCGCAAGGGGCGCUCGCUGUCGUGGCUGCGGCGCUGAUAGCCAACUACGCGGAGAGCCUCCUGGGGGCCACGGCGCAGGACAGCGUUGCCUGGCUCAGCAACGACAUCGUCAACGUGCUGCAGAUCUGUCUGGCGGCGGCCCUCGCCCUGGGGUUCUCGCGAUGA